AUGCCGAUUAAAAUCAAACUUCCCAACGGUACCAACCUAGGGUCGGUCGCAAAGCACUUCCGAAGCUCUCUUAAAUUACCUCUAUCGGUCACAGAGAAGUUGAAGGCUUUCAAGAGGACGGAGACGGGUGCUAAAGUCAGUGAGAGUUGGGCUCACACCAAAGAGGCAGCGUAUGAUGCCUACAUCAAGAAUCCGGCAUGUUAUAGGGGAGGAGGUGGGAGUGUUCAUACUAGAGGGAAGCCGGGCACUCCAUCGUAUUACCGAGCCAUGCAUCCUCAACGUAUAACUUACCAGUAA